GGCGGAGCCACGGGAGCGCCACAGGUGGGCAGGAACCAGGCGGUACCUGUCCGCGGACCCCAGUUGGUCCUCACGCAGCGCGGCGCCGAGUGGGGGAAAGCGGAGGGAUUCCUUGAAAAAGUGGGGUGUCCAGGUCCGCCGCUGAUGAAGAAAGACACAGCGCCCUUGGAGUCCCUGAGCUGAAGGGGCCAGAGAGGGCUGGCAUGGGCCCCGACCUGCCCAUACCUUGGCUGCUACUCUUCACCUGGCUCCCUGCAGGGUGCCUGUCUUUGCUGGUGACAGUCCAGCACACAGAGCGCUAUGUCACCCUGUUUGCCUCCGUCAUCCUCAAAUGUGACUACACCACUUCUGCCCAGCUCCAGGAUGUGGUGGUGACGUGGCGCUUCAAGUCCUUCUGCAAGGACCCCAUCUUUGAUUACUACUCUGCAUCGUACCAGGCGGCUUUAUCCCUGGGCCAGGACCCAUCCAAUGACUGCAAUGACAGCCAGCGGGAGGUCCGAAUUGUGGCCCAGAGGCGGGGGCAGAAUGAGCCCGUGCUGGGGGUGGAUUACCGGCAGCGCAAGAUCACCAUCCAGAACCGAGCAGAUCUUGUGAUUAAUGAAGUGAUGUGGUGGGACCAUGGAGUGUAUUAUUGCACCAUUGAGGCUCCGGGGGACACGUCAGGAGACCCAGAUAAGGAAGUGAAGCUCAUUGUCCUGCACUGGCUGACGGUGAUCUUCAUCAUCCUGGGCGCCCUCCUCCUGCUCCUGCUGAUUGGAGUGUGCUGGUGCCAGUGUUGUCCUCAGUAUUGCUGCUGCUACCUCCGCUGCCCCUGCUGUCCCACCCGCUGCUGCUGCCCCGAGGAAGCCCUGGCCCGCCAUCGCUACAUGAAGCAGGUUCAGGCCCUAGGCCCUCAGAUGAUGGAAAAACCCCUGUACUGGGGGGCGGACAGGAGCUCCCAGUUUUCAUCUUAUCCAAUGAACCCACUGCUACAGCGAGAUUUGUCCCUAAGAUCCAGCCUUCCAGAGGUGCCGGUGACCCAGACCUCCGCUCACCCUCCCAUCACCAGUGGUGUCCUAGAGUAUUUGGAGAAAGAGCUGCGGAACCUCAACCCAGCCCAGCCUCUGCCUCCUGACCUCCAAGCCAGAUCUGGCCAUCCCUGCAGCAUGCUGUCCUCCCUGGGCUCUGAGGUCGUGGAACGCAGAAUCAUCCACCUACCUCCACUGGUCAGAGACCUGUCGUCUUCGUGGAGGACCAGCAGCUCCUCCCGUCAGCAGUGGGUGCCGCCACCGGCUGCCCCCGCACCCCGGGAUCUGAGGGAGGGGAGGAGGCAGCACCGCUACUCUGAUUUCCACCUGCAGCCCCGGGACCAGGAGUCUAAGCGCUGGGCGUUGGAGCAAAGGGAGCUGGACCAACUGCGGAGUGGAAGACACCGUGGCCCCAGGCAGCGCGGGUCACCCACCCCCUGGUCAGACAGGGACAGCCUCAGCGGGCCCUUGUCCAGCGAGGCCCGCAGCUGCUCCCGCCGUCCCCGGAGCCGCUACCCAGAGAGAUCCCGCAGGCCCAGCCCCCGAGGGAGCGCCCAGGGGCACCGGAGACGCAGGCCCCGCAGCUACUCCCCUCCCCCGGCCUCGGACCUCAGUUCCUGGAGCUGGAGUUCCGACGAGGAGAAGGAGAGGCAGCCCCGAAGCUGGGGGGCCCGCCGCCGCCCCCGCUCCCGCUCCCCCAACUGGCCUGAGGAGAAGCCACCCAGCUACCGCUCUCUGGAUGUCACCUCAGGCAAGAAUGGCAGGAAAAAAGGGAGUGUGGAGAGGCGUUCGGAGAGAGAGAGCUCCCAUAGUGGAAGGAGUGUGGUCAUUUAGUCACCGGGCAAAACACUACUUCUGCGGCUUCUUCUCAGCUCCUUCAUGUCAUCAGCAUCACCCAGAUUUUCAGCUGACUUGGGAGGGACAUCACAAGUUUGUAUCUAACAGUUCAGGCUUAAAUUCUGAGACUCAAUUAGAAUUUUAAACACAAGGUUUGAUAAAUUAAUGACUGUAGUUUUAGCCUUGGUUCAUGCUCCAUGUAUUUAGAAAAUCUGAUUUAUAAUGAACCCUAAUUGGGAUGUGAUCCCUCAGGAACUUAGUAGUGUGAAACUUCAACUAGGUUACCCUGCUCAGAACUGUGGCCAUUCUCAAAGUGAGAACUCAGGAAUCUUUAAGAGGAAAUCAAACAUGUCUCAGGAGCAGGAAAUCUAUGGAGUAUUAUAAGGAAAUUUCCAUGGAAACCUGUCUCCCCCUACAACAUGAGUCCACUUUGUUGCCCCCAAGCCCAGUCUUUGAGGGUCACUCAGAGAUGGCACAGCAAAUACUCCAGGAGCAUGCCCUCUAUUGGGCUAUUUAUUGCAAGUGUGGAAAGAGAAGUAUGUUUGCCCCAUUCUUAUUCCUGUCUUCUGUUUUUCUUGCUUUUUUAUUUUUUUUGCCUAUAUCUAAUUUAUAUUUUCUUAUACAGUAUGUAUCUGUUAAAACCAUUUUAAAUACUUCUUGGGAAAAACAUAGUACAUAAAUAAGAAAUUAAAGUACCAGCCUGAGAAUUCUGCUCAAAUACAUAUCUAUUUUGAUACACUUAAUGAAAUUAAGUUCUUUUCCCAACUACAGCUCAGAGAAGAGCAAGACAGCCUGAUGGUUCUGGAGCCAUCUUUCUUCUGGCACCACUCAGCAUUGCAGAGUUGAUAUUUCCCAAGCAAAGGCAUCUAGGCAGGUUUUGCCACUUGGUGCCCCAGGAGGAAAGGUCUGUGCCCCUCUGUAAUUGUCCCUACAACCCCCUCUCAUUCUCCUCAACCCCUUUGGUGGCUUCAUGAAUCCAUUUGUGCUUCAUGUAGAUACCGUCCUUGAGUGAACUCUAAGGAGAUAGCCUAAAAGGAGGUGUGUGUGUGUUGGGGGGGGGGGUUCCUCAACAGUAUCUUUAUGUGUAUGGCCUUAAGCUCAGUUUAGACCCUGUAGUGUUGCUGCCAGUUUCACUGAUUACAUGUUAGAGAAAAUAGGUUAAAUGCCUGCACUAGGCAAAGAUUUCUUUGGGACUUUUUUUAUAUCCAUAAUAUAACUCAGUCUAAAGUAAAAAACAGAAAAAAAUUAAAAAUUUAGUGGAUAGUGAAGACAUAAAAUUCAGUAGGUGAGGGACCUCUAGUCUGAACAAGAUGGCAUAGACCUUUUUUCUCUGCUCCUCUCCACUAAGAACAACUUAUAAAUCCUAGAAAUGGAACAAGAGACAAGCAAAGGAGAACUCUGAAGGGUGCUAAGAGGAAGGCAAGCUGAUUUGGGAACCCAGGACCAGACAACAACACAGAAUCCUCACAUCUUGCAGCCCUCAACCAACAGAAGGCAGCCACUUACACCUGGUAUUUUCCAGCUUCCCACCUAGCAACAGUAGGUAGCCCAGUAGCUUAUUCUUCCCCCUGGAUCUAAUGGGAGUCCCUCUGACAACCUCAGGCAAAGGAGACCAACUGGGAGCCCUGUCAAAAAAAAAGUGGCCAGGGGAAGCAUUCUCCUUCCCUGACAGAUCCAAGACUCCUCUUUUCUAUGGAGAGGUAUGAAUUUGGUUUGGGGAAGCCAGUAAGAGACACCCAGGUAAAGCAGGUGGCCCAGCUUGGGAAGCCUCUUUGUCCCCAAGGGCCAGAAACUCUCCUCCUCUGCCCAGACACAAUAGGGCUUAUUGGUAGAAUCAUGACAAAGAACCUGUCACAACUAAUAGACCUGUAGCUAGCAGCCUGGUCCCAGAAAUCACUUCAUGGAACUAGACUCUCCUCCUAUCCAGAGAAACCUGGGUAUCUAGGGGGUACUAAUGGAAGGAUUUCCCCAUCUCUCUCUCUCACUAAGAGAUAUCUGGCAAUACAGCCAAAGGAAAUGCCAAUCCUCAUGCAGUCACAAAGUCUCUGAAGUAAACUGUUGUUGGAAUCACAGCCCACAAAAGUAGGCUCAGACUCAUAUGUUAAACCUAAACAGAGUAACCUCCUAUAACAUAAUACUUAAAAAGAACCCAAAGUGUCCUAAAAUAGACAAAAUGUUCAGGAUAUAAAUCAAGAACCAAGAAAAUCACAACUUAAAUGAAAAAUGAAAUCAGCUGAUGCCAACACUUUGAUGAAUCAGAUGAUGGAAUUAUCUGAUAAAAAUUUUAAGUCAGACAUUAAAAUUCUACAACAAUCAAUUACAAAUUCUCUUAAAUAAAAACAGAAAAUCUCAGAAAAUAAAUAUAAAUUAUGCAAAAAAAAAAAACAAAUGGAAAUUAUAGGACUGAGGAGUGCAAUAGAAAUUUAAAACUUGCUGAAUGAGCUCAGCAGUAGAGUGGAGAUGAUGAAGGACAGAACAAUAGAAUUCACCCAAUAUGAACAACUGGAAAGAGACGGGGAAAAAAAAGAACAGAACCUCAGGGACCUAUGGGACAAUAACAAAAUAUCCACCAUACAUAUUAUUGGAGUCUCAGAAAGUAAAGGAGAAAGAGUGGGGAAAGAAGCAUUUGAAGAAACAUGGCUGAAAAUGUCCCAAAUUUGAUGAAAGACAUCAACAUAGAGAUCCAAGAAGCACAAUGAACUCUAUACAAGAUAAACCUUAGAAUCCAUGCCAACACACAUCAUAAUUAAACUUUUGAAGAUUAGAAACAAAGAGAAAUCCUGAAAACAGCUAGAGGAAUAAUGCAUUACCUAUAGGGAACACCAAUUUGAAUGGGUUCCUCAUGUGAAAUCAUGAAAAAGGAAAGGGUAAAAUAUUUUUAAAGCACUUUUAAAAAGAACUGUGGCCCAUAAUUUUAUAUCUGGCAACUUUGUCAGAAAUGAAGGGAAAAUAAAAAUCACAGAUGAAUGAAAAUGAAAAGAUUUUGUGACUAGCAGAUAUACUCUGGAAAGCCUAGAUAAAGGAAAUUCUUUAAACAAAGGAAAUAAUGGAAGGACACUUAGAGCAUCAGAAAACAAGAAGAAACAAUAGAAAUGUCAGAAAUAUGAGUCCAUGUAAUAGACAUUGUUUUGAUUAUAUUGCAUCAUGAUUUGUUUCAGUCAUAAAAUAUGGCUAAUAAACCCAUAAGAGAAAAAUAUCUCAAAAGAAAUAGAUGUUAUGCAAUGAGUUAACAAUAAUAUGUAAAGGUGGAGAAGGUAAAGAGACCUAAUUGGAGGUGGGCUUUCUAAACUUCAUUUGAAAUGGUAAACUUUGACCAACUACAGAAUUAUAAGCAGCACUCAGAGCAACCACUAUGAAAACUACAAAGAGAUGAACUUAAAAGUGCUGUAAGAUGGAGUCCUAAAACAUAUUUAAUCUGCAGAAAAGCAAGAUAAAAAGCAAUAACAGCUAAAAGAAACAAGUGGAAAAUAAGUAAUAAAAGAGCAUCCUAAACUGCUAAAAUAUCAAUAACUAUCUUAAAUGUAAAUGGUCUAAAUAUACCAAUCAAAAGACAGAGAUUAGCAGAGUGGAUUAAAAAAAACCAAAUCAACUAUAUACUGCUUAUAAAAUCCUCACUUCAUAUUUAACCACAGGUAGGCUGAAAGUAAAAGGGAGGGAAAAGAUAUAUCAAGUAUAUAUUAAUAAUAAAAAAUAAAAAAGGAAUGACAGUAUCUCAUAAAGUAGACUUAAAAGCAAAGAACAUUACCAGAGACAAAAAUGAGACAUUAUUCAAUGAUGAAAGGAUAUAUUUGCCAGGAAGACACAGUAUACUUAUGUGUAUAAACUAAACCAUAGAGCCUCAAAUACAUGAAGCAAAAAACUGAUAAAGCUGAAAUGAGAAAGAGAAAAAUCUUUAAUUAUAGUUGGGAACUCCAUCACUGCUCCUAUUCAGCAACAAAUAGAACUAAUAAGCAACAAAUCACAAGGAAAUAGGAAAUCUGAGCAACAGAAUCAGUCGUCAGGAUCUAAUUAACAUAUGUAAAAGAGAUCAUCCAACAAAGUGGAGUACAUUUUUUCAAUUUCCUGAACAUUCACCAAGUAGAGAAAAAACAAAAUAUGCCAUGCCAUAAAGCAUGUGUGUUCUGACUAUAAUGGAAUCAAGCUGGAAAUCUGUAACAAAGACAACAGGAAACUCUCAAAACACUUGGAAACUAAGCAAUGCACCUCUAAAUAACUGUGGGUCAAAUAAGGAGUCCAAAAGGAAACUUAAAACCAUGUAGAACUAAAUAAAAAUGAAAAUACAAAUCAUGUAGAAUGCAACUAAAGCAGUUAUGAGAGGGAAAUUUAUAGCACUAAAUGCUUAUGUUAAAAAUGAGUAAAGGUGUCAUAUUAAUAACACCUAGUUUCCUUCAGAAACUGGAAAAAGGAGCAAAACAAACCCAAAGCAAGAAGAAGAAAUGAAAUAAUAAAGAGCAAAAAAUAAAAUUGGAAAUAGGAAAAUAUUACCAAAAACCCAAGGAAAAAAAAAAGUUGGUGCUUCCAAAAAAAAAUCAAUAAAAUUAAUAAACCUCUAGCUAGACUGACAAAAAUAGUGAUAACAUAAAUCACCAAUAUUAGAAAUAAAAUAGGAUUUAUUAUUUCAGACAGAGAAGUCAUUAAAAAAUAAUAAGGGGGUACUACAUACAACUUUAUGCUCAUAAAUACGACAGCUUAGAAAACAUGAAACAAUUCCUUAAGAACUGCAAAGUGCUAAAAUUCAGCUAAACAAAAUACCCAAUCUGAAUAGCCCUUUAACCAUAAGGGAAAUUGAAUGUUUAAUUAAAAAGAAAUCUCAAGGCCCAGAUAGUCUCCCUGGACAAUUCUAUCAAACCUUUAAAGCAUAAUUAAAACUUUACACAGUCUCUUAGCAAAAAAAAAUAGAAAAGGAGGAAACAUUGCCCAGCUCAUUCAGGAGGACAACAUAGAGCCAGACAAAGAGAUUACAAAAAAAGGAAACUUCAAACAAACAUCCCUCCUGAACUUGGAUGCAAAGCUCCCUGACAGAAUAUUACCAAAUGUUUUAAUACAUAAAAAUAAUUAUAUACCAUGAACAAGUGGGAUUUAUUCUUGGUAUGCAAGACUGGCUUCCAGAGCAGUCAAAAUAAUCUUGAAAAAUACAAUUAAAGGACGUAUAUACCUUCCCAUUUUAAAAUGUACUAUAAAACUAUGGUAGUUUCGAUAGUGUGGUACUGACAUAAGGAUAGAUAUAACUGUAAAUGAAUAGAAUUAAAUAGAAUAGAAAUAAAUCCCUAUAUUUAUGGUAAAUUGAUUUUUGGCAAAGCUGUUUGGCAAUUCAAUGGGGAAAAUAUAGUCUUUUCUACAAAUACUGCUGUGUCAGUUGCAUAGCCACACGCAAAAAGGUAGAUUUAGACCCUUACUUUAUAGUAUACACAAACAAUUAACUCAAAAUGGAUAAUAGGCAUAGGUAUGAGAGGUAAAACUGUAAAAGUUUUAGAGAAAAAGAUAGUAGAAAGGAAGUCUUUGUGUCCUUGAAUUAGAGUUCUUAGUUAUGACAUGAGUAACAUAAUCUUUAAAAGGAAAAACUUUUUUUUUCCUUUUUAUAGCUACACCUGCAGCACAUGGAAGUUCCCAGCCAGGGGUUGAAUCUGAGCUGCAAUUGUGGCCCACAGCAACACCAGAUCUGAAA